AAAUGCCAUAUUACAUGGUAUGCUACUGCAUUUUAGGAAGCAUCCUGUGACAAAUUAUUUUAUUUUGAAAUUGAAUUUGUACGUUUGUUGAAUCCCAUAAACUUGAAACUGAAUGGACAAGUAGUCUAACCCUGGCUGCAGUGUGCAGGCACUAGGACUAGGACACUAGGUGGCGAUACUGCUCUGAGAUGUGCAGAGCCGUGGAGGAGUGAGUUGGACGCCAACAAUAUCCGGUAAACAAAGAUGGCGACUGCUAACUUCAACAGAUUGUCGUAGUUAUCAUGGAUUAUUUAAACUGAAACCAACUGUGUGUCGACAACGUACACCCCUCUCCCCUAUCUGCGAAGUACCCGAUUCAUCACAGUUAUGUCUACAGAAGUCAUCAUGAAAGCCUCUUCCACUGUGUCCAUCCGUGGACCCGGAGAUGGUAUGGAGAUGGACAAGCCGGUGCUGGCCCCGGAGAUCUCCACGGAGAUACCACUGCUGAAAGUGGCCACCCCGAGAGUGAGUCCUCGGCGGGCUGCCCUGCUGGCACCAGCACCAACACCGCCUCAGGCUCCUGGCGUGUUGCACCUCGGCAAAGUGAGCCGCGAGGCUUGCACAGAGGUGGAAGCCAUCCGUAUUGUGGUUCCGCGAGCCGCCAUCAGCAGGAGCACACGGGCCGGACCCCAUGAGGAGGGGAGGGGAGACUAUGGGAGAGGUGAGAAGGGGUCGCCCCUGCAUGGGGAGGACCACUCCUCCGACCUGCUGGAGUGGAAGAGUGCCAUGGAGAAGCUGCAGAACUCAGAGCGCAGGCUGCUGCAGGAUAAAGAGGGUCUGUCCAACCAGUUACGGGUGCAAACUGAGGUGAACAGAGAGCUGAAGAAGCUGUUGGUGGCGUCGGUGGGGGACGACCUGCAGUAUCACUUUGAGCGGCUGGCGCGGGAGAAGAACCAGCUGAUCCUGGAGAACGAGGCCCUGGGCCGCAACCUGGCGCACACGGCAGAGCAGCUGGAGAGGAUGAGCAUCCAGUGUGACGUCUGGAGGAGCAAGUUCCUCGCCAGCAGAGUGAUGGCUGAAGAGCUGACCAAUGCUAGAGCUGCUCUUCAGAGACAGACCAGAGACGCUCAGAGCGCCAUCCAGGACCUCCUGAAUGAGAGAGAGGAGUUCUCCAGAGACAUGGUGCACACACACAGAUCUCUAGAGCAGCUGCUGGUAUCACUACAGUGGGGUCGUCAGCAGACCUACUACCCCAGUGCUCAGCCGCUGAGCACGGGGGAGCUGGCUGUGACCAACCGCAAGCUGGCCGAUGCCAUCAACUCCCACUUACUGGGCAACGUGGGAGGCAGCAGAAGCAGUAGCCCCAAGAGCAACCCGAGCUCGGAGCUGUGCAACACGCCCGCAGAGAAGAUGGCUGAAAAGGUGCUUCGGACUCUGGACCCUAUAUCUGGCGUGGAAAUCAAGGGUGAAGACGACUCGCCUGACUCGCCGCCUUCAUCCUUCCUGCCUAAUAAGAAAAGCAUAGGACGGUUCCACCCGUACACACGAUACGAGAACAUCACUUUCAACUGCUGUGAGCGCUGCAGUGGAGAACUGCUGGUGCUAUAGAGGGGGCCCAGACAGUUUGCUUUCCCUGCUAAUGGAAUAGGUUACAGACAGACUGUUGUUGGAGGUAUGUAGAGUGCUGGUGUCAUACCAUGUGCUCAAGAGACUCAAAGGUACAUUGAUUCUUGGCUUCAUUUUCUUCUCAGCACUAGUUUCGCUCGAGAAAAAUCAAAGCCUAUACACAUUACAUCCAUUGCUUUUCAUGGUGUUGAUGGAAUUUUUGUGCGACAUGAAAUAGGAUAGGGUAGUAAUUGGACGAGUGCAGAAUACUCACAAAUUUGAUUUGGGGAAAAACCAUUUGUAUUUCAUUAGUGUAAUUUGAACCAGUUCUUGUAAAAAUUUCAGGGUGAGUGUGUAUGUUGCCAGGCUUCAAGAGUGUGAACUCUCAGAUACUACACCAAAACUCUGAACAAUUCCCAAAUUACCGUACUAUCCAUUGGAUCACUACUUGGUUCCUGUUUGUAACCAAAGAGCGUUAUUAGUGGAAAAACUCAAGCAUUCCUGGGUGUAGCGAGGCUGAUGUUUGAUUAGUUGUACUGCCCAGGUCAACAUGAACCUUAUUGCAAUAUGAAAAAGGCAUACUUGAAAAGGGGUGCUGCUGUAGAGAGAUUGAUUUGAGAUUAACACGUUUUACUUGAAAUGUCUAAAAAGUUUGUAUUAUGGCUGCAAAAUUGUAAACUGUUUUACAAUUUAUUAUUAUAUUAUGUUUUUAAGUGAUCUGUGUGAAUUUAAUAUGACAAUGGCUGUAUUUAUUAAGACAUAUAUCAGUGGAACUACAUUUGUCACUUUUAUCAAGCAUUUUAUUUGGGUAUAAUAAUAGAAGUGGUAUUUGCUGUACGAUAUGAUGCACAGCUGUGUUUUUAUUUUUUCCCUUAUGCUUUUACACUGAAUUGAAUCCCAAAGUGAUUAUCACUUGUCAUUUCAUAUUUCUAAUACUUUGGGUAAUGGUUUUGACAUUUUAUGGUGCAAGAAUUUUUUUUUCAGUUUGAUAAAAGUAUAAAGUGAUCAUUUGCACAAAUAAGACCACACAAGAGUGAGGAUUCUUAACAGGAGUCUAUCAUUAUUGGAGGAAGUGAUGUCACACUUUGUGAUGCCUUGAUGUGUGAGCUGUAUUGAAACAGUUUAAUACAGCAUAAUCUCAAAUCUCGGAUUUUGUGUUAUCUUUGAGACCAAAAUAAAUUGAUUGUGGUAAA